UGCACUUGAUGGUUGUCCUAAGUGUACAGUAAAAGGACGAAGUAUUAAUCAUCGUACAGUUUUUACAAGCAGCAUCGCCGAUACCAGGACUGAUGAAUCGUUUUUGAAUCUAGCAGACGGCCACCAUUUACAUCCGGAUAGAUUACCGCCGCUUGCAGCUAUACAUCUAGGAUGCGUUUCAACCGUACCUAUUGAUUAUAUGCACAAUGUUUUGCUAGGUGUAUUUAGAACACUCUUAAAAUUUUGGACUGAAACCUCAAAUAAAGCUUAUUCGUUGCCAACGGCCGCUAAGCAGGAAAUAGACAGAAGGAUAAAUUGUGUGAAACGACAGAUAUGUAGCGAAUUUGUGAGGUCUCCAAGGCCAUUAAGCGAAUUGAAAUUUUAUAAGGCAACUGAGUUGCGCCUGAUGCUUCUUUAUUUAGGACCAUUUUUAUUUCAUACUGUAGUUCGAGAACCAUAUUAUGAACAUUUUUUACUUCUCGCUUCAGCUAUUCGAAUUUUAUGUCAUCCUACCUGGCAUGCUACACAAAAUAGUACUGCUAAAACAAUGUUAAAACUGUUUGGAGAAAAAUUUCAAUUAUAUUAUGGAGAGCAGUUUUUCGUAUAUAAUUUUCAUAUAUGCUCAACACACUUAGCAGAUGAUUCUUUAUUACAUGGAAAUUUAGAUUCUUUUUCUGCCUUUCCCUUUGAAAAUUAUUUACAAAUUAUGUUGCAUUAUAUAAAGAAAGCUCCAAAUCCUCUUCAACAAUUCAAAAACCGGCUUGGUGAACAUUUGAAUUUUGAAACCAGCAGUAAGAAAAAGGUUUGUAAACAACGUGGAGAUUACUAUAGCAUUAUCACUAAUGGAAAAAACUGCACAAUUUCUGAGCAUCCCAAUGAUAAUUUUAUUUUUGUGAAUGGCAAUGUGUAUCAAGUCCAAAAUAUCACCAAAAACAAUCAUGACUUUGAACUGAAGUGUAAAAAAGUGUCGCAUCUCUUAUCUUUAUACAUGAACCCUUUAAAAUCAGCAUCGGUUGGACUAUUCUGUUCCGGCAGCAUAACCAGAUAUUGUGUUGUUCAAUUCAUAAAGCGUAUCCAAAGUUUUAUGUAUAAAAUUCGAUGA